CUGAAGAAACCGAAAACUUGUCAGUAAGAGUUGGAUAUUUGAGGUGCAUGGUACCAAAACGGUUACCAUAGUCGUGUUUUGAAAAAAAAUUGCAAUAUUUGACUGGUGGAUACAUUUUGUUUCUUCGGCAUAAUAUAGCAAGUAAUAAUUGGCCACUUCAUAACCACAUUUCUCAAGUGAAUUAAUCAAAAAAUCAUUUUCCAAAUAAAAUAUUCGUCCCCCCUGAUCAAAACUAUCGAAAUUGUGAUUCGGGAGAAAAUAUGACAAAUGAAACAAAGUGGAAGUUGUUUGACCAGUGAUACCAUGCAUAAUUGUUGUGUAAAACGAGUGUGAUUUAAACUACAUAUUAUCGGCGAAUAUUGAUUUCAUUCAACACAUAAUUUGAAUAAUAAAAUUUGAAUUUAAAUCAUUCACGCACACAUACACCAACGAAGCUAGUGACAACUUAAGUGGCAAUGUAACGGAACGUCGUCGCAAAACGGAUAUAAAUCAUAAUUAUGGUUGAUGAUGGUGAAUCUGUUGCUGCUUACUGAGUGGAAAUUUUCUUGAUUCGGAUAAAUGCAUCGAGACGUCUUAAUAUCAAUGUCAAAGAAGAAGAUGCGGCGAAGAUCUAGAAUGAAGACUUUGAAGAUACUACGGUUGUUUGCUCAAGGUCGCAUUGUAGUCUUCAUGAUAUUAGUCUUCUGCUCAUUAAUCCUAGGCGAACCAGGUUACUUAGACUUCGAUAAUUUACCGGAAACGAAUUUCACAUGUGCCGGUAAAGUAAUCGGCGGCUAUUAUGCUGAUCUGGAGACAUCAUGUCAAAUGUUCCAUGUGUGUACGAUUGGACAGUUGGACGAACCUAUGGAUAUAAAAUUCUUGUGCCUGAAUGGAACGGUUUUCGAUCAGGAGACACGAGUUUGUGAACGUGUCGAUGAGGUUGACUGCACCAAAUCGGAACGAUUUUAUUAUUUGAAUUUAGAGCUGUAUGGGAAUACAAUGGUUCCGAUUCCUGAAGAAGAAGCUUCUACAACUAAACCAAGCACGACUAGUACAACAACUACAACGACGACGACCACAACAACAACGACAACUACUAGAAAACCGUCAACAACCAUAGCAACUACAGUGCAGCCGCUAAAUAUCAGAACGGUAGUUCCUUUAAAGAAAUUAUCGUUAAUAUCGGUGAAGACAACAUCGUCACCAGCCCAUUAUGUGACGACAACAGGCAAAAGUUAUAAUACUGACAUAACAGAUGAAGAUGAGUACGAUUAUGAAGACGAUUAUCUAACAACCGACGGCAAAGAUUUGCAAAAUUAUCACGAAUCAGAGACCGAUGGAAAACAUGAAUCCUUAGCGGAGCAAGUAUUCUCUCCCGAACAAUUUAUAUUCCGACAGAAUAACGGAAAAAGUCAAAAGCAUACAGUGAAACCGGCCAUUUCAUUCCAACAGCAACAGUUCCAAAACGGUGGGUCCUUAACGGUAACAAAUUCCCAUGUAACAGUCACCACACACACGUCAGAGGGACACACUAGUAAUAUCAACAAUCCGAAUAAUCUUAACGUAAAUAAGCAAUUUAGCAGUAAGCCGAAAGAAACAAUAGGAUAUUCUAGUAGUAGCACAACGAAGAAGCCCCAAUUUAGUUUUUAUAUUGCGCCGCCGCAACCAACACCAAAGAGAAUACCACUGUUGCCGCAGACCUCUCAACAAGGUCCACCAACCGGUCAUCCCGGUCUGGCACAGAUUCCUCCAUUCCGCUUGCCAGCACAAGGAUUUCGUCUACCGUCACAACAGCAGGAACACGAUCUACAACAACAUUUAAUUCAACAACAACAACAACUCGACGAACAACAGAAACAACAACAUUUACAACAACAGCAACAAGAAAAAGAACAACAAAAGCAACAAGAAGAACAAGAACAAAGACAACAGGAACACGAGAAACAACAGCAACUGGAGCAGCAAAAGCAGCAAGAACGUCUGGACCAACAGCAGUUGCUGACCCAACAAUUGAUCGAUCAAAGUCAACCACAGCCGUCUCCAUUUGAAGGCUAUCGGCGCCACACUCCACAGUUUUCUCCACAGAUUUCAUUGCGACUUCCCAUAGAGCCGGAACAAAAUCCACAUCAAGAAUUGUUAGGCUUUGAAAAUGCUCACGACGAUUUUCCGCUGAAAGAGCACAAAGAUCUAAAACGUUCCGAUCCACAUGCCAUCGCCACGUCAACAACCAUUUCAUUCACCAACUCUACUCGUCAAUCGAGCCAUCCUACAUAUCCAAAUCAUCAUCAUAACCAUAAACCGUAUCAUGCUGACGAACAGCAGAAACCACAGCCGUUCAAUACUCGAAUUGAGACUAGCAGCCAGAACAGCAACUACGAUAAAGUAUUACUGACGCUUCAGGAUCAAUAUAUUCCGACACUGCCCAAGGUCAUCAUAACUGCCUCGGCAUCGGUUAGCGAUGCCAGCGGCAAGAAGCUUAACUAUUCGGUGGGAAAUGUAAUCGGAACCAAUGUCAAGCAACCGCCGCUCACGUACGACGAGUACAAGGAAGAUGAUGUGGUGUUGGAUCCAUUCUUUUUGGAUGUACCGAAAAUAAAGCCGCGACGACAGAUUCGCGAUGUGAAUAGUAGAGAUAAAUCGAGUAAUGCGGUGAGAAAGAAGCGGAAAAAAUUUGUCGACAAGCCGUUGAUUGAGAGAAACUAAAUUAAAUUAAUUGAAAUUAUGGUAUAGUUCGACAAGGUCACAAUAGGUGAUUUGUAAA